GACCCGCGACAUUCCUUCAUGUGGAUUUUCAAAAUGGCGUAAUCUGAAAGAAAACAAUGUGGUGUUGAAAACUAUUGUGGGGAAACGAGAGGAUUUCAUUUCAUUCACCGCACCGGUAAUUAUAAAUCCUGCCACACUAUGACGGUGUGCAACUUUUGGAUGCAAGGCCGGUGUCGAUAUGGCGACAAGUGUUGGAAUGAGCACCCAAAAGGAGGAGGAGGGGGAGGAGGAGGAAAUUACAACAACCGUCCCCCUCAACAGUCCAACAGAGGUGGAGGUGGAGGAGGUGGCGGAGGAUUUGGGAACAGAGUGUGGGUGAACCCAGCUCAGAGGUCUGGAGGAGGAAGCUACGUCCAGCCGUCAUCCUUCUCCUCCCAGCAGGGUGGGGAUGACUGGGGUAGAGGGGGAGGAAGAGGUGGGGGAGGUGGUGGCAACAACUGGGGUCCAGGCGGAGGAGGAGGAGGAGGAAGAGACAGCCAAGUCAAGAGUUCCAGUUUCAGUUUUGCAGCCGCCUCUCCAAACCACAACAGAUUUUCUGCCUUGAGCACACAGAGCACCUACGAGAGGGGGGGGAGUGAAGGGGAGGACAAUGAAAAACACUUAGAGACCAUCCAGAAAUAUAUGGAGAUCUGGGAGACUUCAGGCCAAUGGCUUUUUUCCUGUUACUCUGUCCUCAAAGAAAGCAUCUCAGGGUUCACAGAGCUCUCUCCAGAGGAGCUGAGACUGGAGUACUACAACACCAAGCCGUCUGGAGACCUGCAGGGAUAUGCUGACAUCAUCAAUCAGCUGCUCAACCAAUGGAGAUGCAGAGUCCAGGAGCUGAGGGCUAUGAGCGGCAACACCAGAGUCGCUAUGCUUGCAGAGCUAGGCAACCCAGCACCACGGGCAGCGUCUGGAGGUUUUGGGUCGACACCAGUGACCGGCUUUGGGUCCUCAGCACCAUCUGGCUUCGGAACAGGUUUUGGAGUGCCAGCCCAGGCUCCAGUCCAGGACACCGCAGGUGUCAGCAGUUUCAGCUUUGCUGCGCCGAGUGCAGGAGGCUUUGGUUCGGCUGCUCCAAAGCCUGCAGCGUCUGGUUUUGGCAGUGCUGUGGUAGGUGCCGCACCAUCUCCCGCUGGGAUCGGCUCUACGGCCGCCUCUGCUCCCUCGGCAGCCGGUUUCUCCUUUACCGCCCCUGCUGCCAACAAAGACCUAACUACUGCCGCUUUCGGAGCUUCUGCUUCAGGGUUUGGAGCUGCUGCCUCUGCUUCCGGGUUUAGCUUCACCUCGACGACCACUAGUGGAGGAGGAUUUAGAGGAAGUGGUUUCGGGAGUGCAGUCCCGGGGGCUGCAAGUGGUUUUGGACAGGCGAGUGGAGGGUUUGGGGGUUUGGUAGCAGGGGCAGGGGCGACUGGGGGGGCAGCAAACAGUCUCUUCUCCCCCCAGAGCCAGCUGAGUGAAGAGGAACUGAAGGAGUUUGGAGGGAAGAGGUUCACCCUGGGACAGAUACCACUGAGACCUCCCCCUGUUGAUAUGCUGGUGGUCUGAUCCCACCACUCAGACCUCCCCCUGUUGAUAUGCUGGUGGUCUGAUCCCACCACUCAGACCUCCCCCCUGUUGAUAUGCUGGUGGUCUGAUCCC